AUGAAUGACCUCCCAGGAUACAAAAUCAAAAGUGUCCUCGGCACAAUCUACGGAAUCACAGUGCGAACGCGGAACUGGGGUGCUGAUUUAGGGGCGGUGGUCCGAUCAGCCGUUGGUGGAGAGAUUAGAUUCUUCACGAAUUUAAUGUACACUUCUCGAGAGGAAGCUAUGGAGCGAUUAGUAGGAGAGUGUAUGAGUCGAGGGGGCAAUGCUAUUAUUGCGGUUAGAUUUGAUGUUGCUAGCUUCGGAGCUUGUUCGCAGAUUUGUGCUUAUGGGACUGCUUGUUUGGUUGAGAAGAUUCCAGAGUGA